UUUUCAGGGGCAUCAUGUAUGGUUUUGUCAUGGCGAUGAUCAGCCUUGGCCAGCUAAACAGACAUGACUUCUACUUCACUGACUGUUUAUUUUUCGGAGCUCUGAUUUCAGCUACGGACCCAGUGACCGUGCUCGCCAUCUUCCACGAGCUCAACGUAGAUGUACAACUCUACACGCUGCUGUUUGGGGAGAGCGUUCUCAAUGACGCAGUUGCCAUCGUCCUGACCUACUCCAUCUCCAUAUACAGUCCGAAGGACAACCCAGACACAUUUGAUGCUGCUGCUUUCUUCAAAUCAGUUGGGAACUUUGCUUGGAUUUUUGCUGGCUCAUUUGCAAUGGGGUCAGCAUACGGCAUUGUCACAGCUUUGUUAACGAAAUUCACCAAACUGUCUGAAUUCCCAAUGCUGGAGACUGGGAUUUUUUUCCUGUUAUCCUGGAGUGCAUUUCUCUCGGCAGAAGCCAGUGACCUUACAGUUAUAGUUCUGGUGCACUAUCACAAAGGAAGUGCAGACGUGGAAGAACUGUUACCAUAUCUUGCUACACAAACCACAGUAUCUCCAUCAAAAUAA